AUUUGUUUUCGCCUGCUGUUCGAGCGGUUGACUGACGUUUUAGAUGAUUUUACGCGCUUUAUGUUUACUAUAGAUUACGGUAUAUAGAAGUAUGAUUAAUGAAUAAUGCUACGCUUAGACACGUCUUUCAGUGUUGUGUUUGUGGGACGAUAUUGAAGAUCGUGCUUUUGAUGUUCUGGGAUGUGGCUUCCGUUCCUGUCAAACUGUCAGAGAUGGGUAGGCGCGGCUUCUCUAGUGCUUCCACUUCAGCUGCCCUCAGCUUCCUCUCUCGUAUAGCGACACCGCCAACCCCAUACUAAGACGCUUCGUGGGGUGACGCGCACACGAACGGUAGAGCAUGCAACUCCUGCAGGCUGUACUGCCUUUCUA